AUGGAUAACAUACCGUAUUUAAUGACGAUGUACAUACUGAUUUUCUCCUUUGGAUUCAGGUUCGAAGUGGGGAUGUGUCAACAUUAUUACCUCCUACGUCCAAUCCCCAGCGACAGUCUGCCUAUCGUGGAGCUAAAGGAGGACCCCGACCCCGUUUUAGACCCCAAGGAAAGAGAUCUAAAUGAAACGGAACUAAGAAGUUUACUAGGAAGUCACUUUGACUCUUAUUUUAUGUCGAUCACACUUCCAGAGGAUAAAAACCCAGGGAAUGAGGAUCCAAAUGACCCUGAGACGAGACGUCCCACCGGGACAAUACCCAAAGAAAUCAAAUCAAUUGAGUUUGAGAUUCCACACGGCAAAAAACACAAGCCGAGUAAAAAGCUCCGAAGACGGCUUCAGCUGUGGCUGUCGUCCUUAGCCCACUGUCCGGUCGUGCAUACAUGGAACGACUUGGGGAACAGAUUUUGGCCCCGCUAUGUGAAAGUGGGAAGUUGCUUCAAUAAAAGGUCUUGUUCUGUUCCAGAGGGAAUGGUGUGCAGACCUGCCAAAUCGGUCCAUUUUACGAUUUUGCGAUGGAGGUGCUUGCAGCGAAGGGGAGGGCUAAAAUGCACUUGGAUACCCGUCCAGUACCCCAUAAUUUCGGAAUGCAAAUGCUCCUGCCCGAACUGA